AUGACAGCGGCAGACCGGUUCGUUCCCGACACGCGUGGUCCAACUCAGCCUCGCACCCAAGCAGAAACGUAUCCACCGUUCGAGGAACACAAGCGUGUAGCCUCAAACUUCGAAGCCACCGAGAAGAUGACUACGACAUACAGGCUCCAAGGCAUCAGCAGUGAUGUUCAGCAAAAAGAAGCAAUUCCAGGUCUUCUUCGUAAAGCUUGGGGCUUGCCCGGAUCGACUGCAAUCACCGCGCAUUCGCUCGCAACAGACCCUACUGGGCCCGGACGGAAGACUGCCACCGUUACCUUUGAGGAAACACCUGGAUUCCUUCGCUCAGGAGAUCGAACUUCUUGGAAGUCUCCGGGUGACAGUGGCCUGCAUCUGGAUACAGACUUCCAUGGAUUAACACCUCUGCAUUCUGAUGUGGACUCCGACUGCAUCUUGGAUGUCAUUGCCGUGUCUGGCCAUGCGUUCGGAUCGUUCAACUGUAAGAAAUACUCCUUCAUGUGGCUUCGUGACGGCCUUCCCAGAGACCUACGGCAAACACGGAUUUUUGUAUACGGAUAUGACACGAAGAAAUCCUCUCAGAGCGUCAUGGAUCAUGGAAGCAAGCUUCGGGACGCGGUCAAAGGCCUCAGGCCCAGCGGAAAAGACCCACUUAGGCCACUGAUCUUUAUCGGUCAUAGUCUUGGAGGCAUGGUUGUUAAACAAGCCAUCAUUGACCUGCACGGAUCUUCAGAGAAUGACGACAAGAUGAACUUCGAGUCAUUGCGCGCAAUUUUUUUCUUUGGAGUCCCAAACUUGGGAGCAAACACGGAGUCAUUCAUGGACAUGGCUGAGGGGAAACCAUGUGAAAAGCUCGUACAGUUUCCUCACCCGAGAGGCGACGGAUUGCGCUGGCAGCAAAGAUAUUUCGCACCCCUCUUGCGGAAGUUCGCGCGGUAUUGGUACUACGAAACAACAGGAACCCGGACACCUGAAAAGACUGGGUCCGGCUGGGCUAUGACGGGUUCGCCGCAAAUACUUGUGGACAUGCAAUCAGCUACAAACGGUCUUCCAAUGCCGUGGGAGCAGGAUGAACAUUUUGUUUAUCCGAUCAACCACAACCAUUCCGAGUUAGUUCGGUUUCCCGAUCGGGGUUAUAUGGACUAUGGGGUAGUAUGUAGGCAUCUGGACCGCGUGAAAGAAGCGGUUUUGCAGAGUCAAGGUGAUACAUCGCUGAGUGACGACGCGAAAACUGUGGACUGGGGAGUCAGGCGGGUGAUUGCUGAUAGGGAGAUGCCGCUUCCCCAUCGUGUCCUCUCAUUUGGGUCAGAGUAG